AUGAGCGACAGGGUAAUCGCAUUGCCCCCCGAUGAGGCAACAUACACGCUGCGCUCGGCCCAUGUGCCCGUGUGCUGCCUGGAGAGGCUCAGACCUGAGGACCUGGAGGGCCUGCAGCCCUGUGUGGACGGCCUUGCCCUCGUGGACAUCACCGUGAAUGGCUCCAAGAUACUCUCCAUCACCCCAGCUGGGGGCGCAGCCAGGGAUCAACUCCCGAAUGGUCAUGCAGCUGCUCACCAGGCGCUCCCAGUUCCACACGUCGACCUGCGGGGCAAGAUGGUCCUGCCCACAUUCGUAGACCUGCACACCCACAUAGACAAGGGCCACACGUGCGAGCGCAGCCGCAACCCGGACGGCUCCCUGACGGGCGCUGACCGCAGCACGGCCGCCGACGCGGCCUUCUGGGACGCCGACGACGUCCGGCGGCGCAUGGAGUUCGGCCUGGCCAGCGCUCACGCGCACGGCACUGCCGCGCUGCGCACGCACCUGAUCAACAUGACCCCAGCGCAGACGGCGCUGACCUGGCCCGUCUUCUCGCGCCUGCGGGCCGAGUGGCGGGGCCGGGUGGAGCUCCAGGGCGUGUCGCUGGUAGCCCUGUCCUUCUACCGCGACGCCGAGGCCGCGCGCGCUCUGGCGGACCUGGUGGCAGCGCACGGCGGCGCGCUGGGCGCCGCCGUCUGCUGCGCCGAGCGCGGCGGAGACCCCGCCGACGACUGGACCACCUGCGACCGGGAUCGGGGCGAGCUGCUGGACAGGUGGGGGUGGGAGUGUUGGUGGAAGAGGGGGUGGGAGGGAUGUACAGGGAUCUUCACUCUGGCCAAGCAGCGCGACCUGGACCUCGACUUCCACACAGAUGAAAACGGCAACGAGGCCGCCAAGGGGCUGCGCUACGUUGCCGAGAAAGCCAUUCAGCACGACUACAUUGGGCGGGUGGUCUGCGGCCACUGCUGCUCGCUGGCCUACCAGUCGCAGGCCGACCUGGACUUGACCCUGGACCUGGUUCGCCGCGCGGGCAUCACCAUCGUCUCCCUCCCCCUGGUCAACCAGUGGACCCAGGACCGGCGCCUGGGCGUCACCCCACGCUGGCGCGGAGUGACGCUGAUGCACGAGAUCCGGGCUGCGGGUGUGCCGGCGGCCCUCGCCUCAGACAACACGCGCGACCAGUUCUACGCCUACGGCGACCUCGACAUGCUGGAGGUCUUCGUGCAGGGCUGCCGCAUGGCGCACCUGGACCGCCCCUACGAGGAUUGGGUACGCAGCGUGGGCAGCGUCCCCGCCCAGGCCAUGGGGUUGGAGGGGCAUGGGACGCUCUGCUCGGGGUCAAGCGCCGACUUUGUGGUGUUCAGGGGGCGAUGCUACAGCGAGCUCAUGUCCCGACCUCAGCACGACCGCCUGGUGGUCAGAGCCGGCCGGCCGAUCGACGCGCGGCCUCCGCCGUACGAGCUCCUGGACGACCUCAACGUCCCACAUGAACAGCGUGGCGCCGAGGCCAUGGUUGAAAAAGAUGUGCUAGUCUGCGCAUCAAAGCCAAAUGGCUGUUCACCAGCUGCGCCACGGCACUGCAAGGCGCCUGUUCUCGAUCGCGUGAGGGCUUACCUGCCCAUGGUCAUCACCCUCCUGGUGGGGGUAACACUGGGCGCCGGCACUGUGGGGUUUGCGCCACGGAGGUAG